AUGAGCCCGCCGGGAAGCCCGAACGCGACGUUAGGAGGCGUUUCGUCCUACUUCUGCGGGCUGCCCAGCGGGUGCAUCCUGGGGAGGUCGCACCCGCGGCAGGUGUGCGCGCUGUGCGCGCGGAGAGUGGGCGGAAGCAACCCCGUGCGCUGCCCCAAGUGCCGCCAGGCUGUGUACUGCAACGACAAGUGCUUGAACAGGCAUCAGCCCGCGCACAGCCAGACAUGCGCGGCUGCCAGUCCCGCGUGGCCGCAGCCGCCCCCACUGCCCCUCCUAUACCUGCAGAGCAGCGAAUGGAAACCGCGAGUUUCCUAG